AUGGCGAGGGAUCAUACUGGUAACGUCUUAUUUCAUGGACGUGAUGCCUUCACUCCCUCGACUUCCCGAUUGGCUGCAGAACUUCGAGGCAUCAUCUGGGUCUUGCAGAGUGCAAACGACCUGCACCUUCAUACAAUAUGCAUAGCUUCAGACCAUUCGGAAACGAUAGAGGCGAUAUCAACACCGGGUUCUUGGCCACGGUUCCGCUGCUUGUUAGAGAAAAUUGGAGCAUUGUGUAGCCUCUUUUCCUCUGUUGCUUUUGAAGUUGAGGGAGCACAUGCCAAUAUAAUAGCUCGUGAUAUUGCUAAGAGUAUGCUGAAGGAUGGGCGGUUUCAGUCCUACCUCGCUUUAGGAGGACCAGCAUGGCUUCAUCAACGUAUCGCCGCAGAAGCUUCAAGACAAGACUAA